GAGCUGGCCCUGCCUCACUGCGAGGGCCCUAAGGGUCCCUGCCUGAAGAGGGAGAGGGGAUCUGGGCCAGGGGCAGGAGCUCUGGAAUGCAGCCCCUGUUCCUGCUGCUGCUGCUGCUGCCACUGCUGACCCUGAUGCUGCGUUUCCCAGCUGUCCUAACCGGAGAGCGGCUGUGUGGUGGUUUCCCAGAACCCUGCGCCAACGGAGGCACCUGCCUGAGCCUGUCUCAGGGACAAGUGGCCUGCCGGUGUGCCCCUGGCUUUCUGGGUGACACGUGUCAGUUCCCUGACCCCUGCCUGGGUACCCAGAUCUGUCAGAAUGGGGGCAGCUGCCAAGCCCUGCUUCCCACACCCCCAGGCUCCUCGAGCCCUGCUUCUUCACUGCCCCUCCGCUUUUCCUGCACCUGUCCCCCUGGCUUCACCGGCGAGCGGUGCCAGGCCCAGCUGGAAGAACUCUGUCCACCCUCCUUCUGUUACCAAAGGGGCCGCUGCCACAUCCAGGUCUCAGGUCACCCACAGUGCUCCUGUAUGCCCGGGUGGACAGGUGAGCAAUGCCAACUCAGAGACUUCUGCUCAACCAACCCCUGUGCCAAUGGAGGUCAGUGCCUGGCCACGUACCCCCAAAUCCAGUGUCGCUGCCCACCCGGCUUCGAGGGUCAUACCUGCGAACAUGACGUCAACGAGUGCUUCCUGGAGCCAGGACCCUGCCCUAAAGGCACCUCCUGCCACAAUACCCUGGGCUCCUUCCAGUGUCUCUGCCCUGCAGGGCGGGAGGGUCCCCAGUGCAAGCUCCGGAAGGGACCCUGCCCUCCUGAGGGCUGUUUCAAUGGGGGCACCUGCCAACUGGUGCCAGAAGGAGAUGCCACCUUUCACCUCUGCCUCUGCCCCCCAGGUUUCACAGGCCUGGACUGUGAGAUGAAUCCAGAUGACUGUGUCUGGCACCAGUGUCAGAAUGGAGCCACUUGCCUGGAUGGGCUGGGUACCUACACCUGCCUCUGCCCAAAGACCUGGACAGGCUGGGAUUGCUCUGAAGAUGUUGAUGAAUGUGAGGCCCAGGGUCUCCCUCGCUGCAGAAAUGGCGGUACCUGCCAGAACUUGGCUGGCAGCUUUCACUGUGUGUGUGUGAGCGGCUGGGGAGGCUCCAGCUGUGAGGAGAAUUUAGACGACUGUGAGGCUGCCACCUGUGCCCCCGGAUCCACCUGCAUUGACCGUGUGGGCUCCUUCACCUGUCUCUGCCCACCUGGACGCACAGGCCUCCUGUGCCACCUGGAAGACAUGUGCCUGAGCCAGCCGUGUCAUGGAGAUGCCCAGUGCAACACCAAUCCUCUGACGGGCUCCACCCUCUGCUUAUGCCAGCCUGGCUACUCAGGACCCACCUGUCACCAAGACCUGGAUGAAUGUCAAAUAGCCCAGCAGGGUCCCAGUCCCUGUGAGCAUGGCGGCACCUGCCUCAACACCCCUGGCUCCUUUAACUGCCUAUGCCCACCGGGCUACACGGGCUCCCGCUGCGAAGCCAAUCACAACGAGUGCCUGUCCCAGCCCUGCAGCCCGGGCAGCACCUGCCUGGACCUACUGGCCACCUUCCGCUGCCUCUGCCCACCAGGCUUGGAAGGGCAGCUCUGUGAGGUGGAGAUCAAUGAGUGUGCCUCUGAUCCUUGCCUGAACCAAGCUAGCUGCCAUGACCUGCUCAAUGGCUUCCGGUGUGUCUGCCUGCCCGGCUUCACUGGUGCCAGGUGUGAGGAUGACAUGGACGAGUGCAGCAGCUCCCCCUGCACCAAUGGAGGGCGCUGCCGGGACCAGCCUGGAGCCUUCAGCUGCGAGUGUCCCCCAGGCUUUGAAGGACCACAGUGUGAGACAGAGGUGGACGAGUGUCUGAGUGACCCCUGCCCCACUGGAGCCAGCUGCCUUGAUCUCCCAGGAGCCUUCUUCUGCCUCUGCCCCUCUGACUUCACAGGUCAGCUCUGUGAGGUUCCCCUGUGUACCCCCAACCUGUGCCAACCUGAGCAGAAAUGCCAAGAUCAGGAAGACAAGGGCCACUGCCUCUGCCCUGACGGAAGUCCUGGCUGUACCCCCUCUGAGGACAGCUGCACCUGCCACCACGGGCACUGCCAAAGCAGAUCCUCCUGUGUAUGUGAUGUGGGUUGGACCGGACCAGAAUGUGACACAGAGCUCGGGGGCUGCAUCUCCACACCCUGUGCCCAUGGGGGGACCUGCCACCCACAACCCUCUGGCUACAAUUGUACCUGCCCCACAGGCUACACAGGACCCACCUGUGGUGAAGAGGCAACAGCUUGUCACUCAGGACCCUGUCUCAACGGUGGGUCCUGCAGCACCAGUCCCAAAGGCUACUCCUGCACCUGCCCUCCAAGUCACACCGGUCCCCACUGCCAAACUGUCAUUGACCACUGUGUGUCUACCCCGUGCCUCAAUGGGGGUACCUGUGUGAAUAGGCCUGGCACUUCCUCCUGCCUUUGUGCCACGGGUUUCCAGGGCCCACGCUGUGAGAGGAGGAUCCGCCCCAGCUGUACAGACAGUCCCUGUAAGAACAGGGCAACCUGCCAGGACACCCCUCAAGGUCCCCGCUGCAUCUGCCCCCAUGGAUACACCGGAAGCAGCUGCCAGACUCUGAUGGACCUGUGUGCCCAGAAGGCCUGCCCACACACUGCCCGCUGCCUCCAGAGUGGGCCUUCCUUCCGGUGCCUGUGCCUUCAGGGAUGGACAGGGCCCCUCUGUGACCUCCCAGUGUCCUGCCAGAAGGCUGCGCUGAGCCAAGGCCUGGAGGUCUCUGCCCUGUGCCACAAUGGAGGCAUCUGUAUUGACAGGGGGGCCUCUUACUUCUGCCGCUGCCCCCCUGGAUUCCAAGGCAAGCUAUGCCAGGAUAAGAUGAAUCCCUGUGAGUCUAAGCCUUGCCAGCAUGGAGCCACUUGUGUGGUCCAGCCCAGUGGGUAUCUCUGCCAGUGUGCCCCAGGCUAUGAAGGCCAGAACUGCUCAAAAGAACUCAAUGCUUGUCAGUCUCAGCCCUGUCACAACCAUGGGACCUGCACCUCCAAACCUGGAGGUUUCCACUGUGCCUGCCCUCCAGGUUUUGUGGGGCUACGCUGUGAGGGGGAUGUGGAUGAGUGUCUCGACCAGCCCUGCCACCCCAAAGGCACUGCGGCCUGCAAAUCUCUAGCCAAUGCCUUCUACUGCCAGUGUCUGCCUGGACACACAGGCCAGAGGUGUGAGAUAGACACGGACCCCUGCCAGAGUCAGCCCUGCACCCAUGGAGGGUCCUGUGAGGCCACAGCAGGACUGCCCCCUGGUUUCACCUGCCACUGCCCCAAGGGUUUCCAAGGCCCCACCUGCAGCCACAGAGCCCCUUCCUGCGGCAUCCAUCACUGUCACCACGGGGGCCUGUGUCUGCCCUCCCCUAGGCAGGGCUUGCCACCCCUCUGUGCCUGCCUCAGUGGCUUUGGGGGCCCCGACUGCCUGACACCUCCAGCUCCUCGAGGCUGUGGACCCCCCUCACCCUGCCUGCACAACGGCAGCUGCUCAGAGACCCCUGGGCUGGGUGGCCCUGGUUUUCAAUGUUCCUGCCCUCCCAACUCUCCAGGGCCCCGGUGUCAGGGGCCAGGGGCAGAGGGGUGUGAGGGCAGAGGUGGGGAUGGAGCCUGUGAUGCUAGCUGCAGUGGUCCAGAAGGAAACUGGGAUGGAGGGGACUGCUCUCUGGGGGUCCCGGACCCCUGGAAGGGCUGCCCCUCCCACUCCCAGUGCUGGCUUCUGUUCCGGGAUGGACGGUGUCACCCACAGUGCAACUCUGAAGAGUGUCUGUUUGAUGGCUAUGACUGUGAGAUGCCGCCAGCCUGCACCCCAGCCUAUGAUCAAUACUGCCAAGAUCACUUCCACAAUGGGCACUGCGAGAAAGGAUGCAACACUGCAGAAUGUGGCUGGGAUGGGGGUGACUGCAGACCUGAAGAUGGGGACUCAGAGUGGGGGCCCUCCCUUGCCCUGCUGGUGGUGCUAAGCCCCCCAGCCCUGGACCAGCAGCUACUUGCGCUGGCCCGAGUGCUGUCCCUGACUUUGAGGGUUGGGCUGUGGGUGAGGAAGGACAGUGAGAACAGGGACAUGGUAUUCCCCUACCCGGGGGCACGGGCCGAAGAGGAGCUGAGGGGAACUCGGGAUUCCUCUCCUCAGGAGAGACAAGCCUCUCACACCCAGCCUAUGGACAAGGAGACAGACUCCCUUGGCGCUGGGUUUGUGGUGGUAAUGGGUGUGGAUCAGUCCCACUGUGGCCCUGACCACCCUGCAUCCCGAUGCCCCUGGGACUCUGGGCUCCUGCUCCGAUUCCUUGCAGCGAUGGCUGCAGUGGGAGCCCUGGAGCCCCUGCUGCCUGGACCCUUGCUGGCUGCCCACCCUCAUGCAGGCACUGGGCCCCCAGUCAACCAACUCCCCUGGCCUGUACUGUGCUCUCCGGUAGCUGGGGUGCUUCUCCUGGCCGUCGGGGCUCUUCUUGUCCUCCAGCUCAUCCGACGUCGCCGUAGAGAGCAUGGAGCCCUGUGGCUGCCCCCUGGUUUCACUCGAAGGCCUGGGACACAGCAGGCACCCCACCGCCGGAGGCCCCCACUAGGAGAGGACAGCAUUGGCCUCAAGGCGCUGAAGCCAGAGGUGGAAGUCGAUGAGGAUGGAGUGGCCAUGUGCUCAGGCCCUGAGGAGGGAGAGGAGGCUGAAGAACCAGCCUCCAAGUGCCAUCUCUGGCCACUGAACAGCGGCUGUGAAGAGCUCCCACAGGUAGCCAUGCUGACGCCUCCUCAGGAGUGCGAGAUUGAAGUUCCUGGGGUGAACACCUGUGGACCUGAUGGGGUAACACCCCUGAUGUCAGCGAUCUGCUGUGGGGGAGUAGAGUCCAGGACUGUCCAGGGGCCAUGGCUGGGAAAUCCUGAGCCCUGGGGACCACUGCUGGAUGGAGGGGCCUGUCCCCAGGCUCACACCGUGGGCACUGGUGAGACACCCCUGCACCUGGCUGCCCGGUUCUCCAGGCCAACUGCUGCCCGUCGUCUCCUUGAGGCUGGAGCCAACCCCAACCAGCCUGACCGGGCAGGGCGGACCCCACUUCACACCGCAGUGGCUGCUGAUGCUCAGGAGGUCUGCCAGCUCCUACUAGCCAGCAGACAGACCGCAGUGGAUGCACGCACAGAGGACGGGACCACACCUUUGAUGCUGGCUGCCAGGCUGGCCGUGGAGGACCUAGUUGAAGAACUGAUUGCAGCCCGAGCUGACGUAGGGGCCAGAGAUAAAAGGGGGAAAACGGCGCUGCACUGGGCCGCGGCCGUGAACAAUGCCCGAGCCGCCCGCUGCCUUCUCCAGGCUGGAGCCGAUAAAGACGCCCAGGACUGCAGGGAGCAGACGCCGCUGUUCCUGGCGGCGCGGGAAGGCGCCAUGGAGGUGGCGCAGCUGUUGCUGGAGCUCGGGGCUACCCGAGGACUGCGGGACCAGGCCGGGCUGGCCCCGAGCGACGUGGCUCGCCAGCGCAACCACUGGGACCUGCUGACCCUGCUGGAGGGGGUGGGGCUGCGGGAGGCACGUCACAAAGCCUCGCCGGGCUGCCAGGCGGUGGCUCGUGCGCAUGCGCGCACCGCGUCAUUGGACGGCGCUCCGUGCGGGGGCGGGGCUGUGCCGCGCUGCCGGACGCUGUCGGCCGGAGCAAGCUCUCGGGGGGGCAGAGCCGGCCUCCCAACUCGGGCUUGGUCCGUGGACUUGGGCGCGCGUGGCGGGGCCGCCUACGCGCGCUGCCGGAGCCGAUCCGGAGGCUCCCGCGGCCGUGGACUUCCCGCCGGCGCGCGCGGGCCUCGCCCCAGCCCUGCGAUCGUGCAGGGGAGGCCUGGGGUGGCGGCCGCAUGCGGACCUCUGGCCCCGGAGCAAGACUGGCCGCGCGACUGGGUGGCCCUGGGAGCCUGCGGCCCCGCCUCCAGCGCCCACAUCCCGCCCCCUUGCCUGACUCCGUCCCCGGAACGCGGAUCCCCGCAAGUUGCGUGGGGUCUUCAUAUUCCCCCAGUAGCACCCUUGAACCCAGGCGGAGGGGAUCAGAAGUAGGCGGCAGUGAGGGGUCCCAAGGUGUUACCUUCCAAAAAUAAGCGCAUGCCCACCAGUAGAGACCUGGUCUCCGCCCUCGAGUACCCGCAGCCCAGGGAAGAGGGCUUAGGGUGCCACCCAGGCCUUUCCUAGAAAAUAGGGCAGCUACAAGCGGAGAAUGGAGCCGGAAGGGCCCUAAACUGGACCAAACAACCGUGGGUAAACCGGAUGUAAAAUGUCUUGUAUAAGACUCCCAAAGGGAGCCUUGCCAUCCAUUGCCCAAACUGAACAGCUGGUAUUUAUUGCGCACCUACUAUGUGCCAGGUGCUGUGUAAACGAUGGGAGGUGGCCAAUGGCAACUCCAGCUGUUGACUCCUUUCCCUCUCUACCCCCUGAUAAGGAAAUUGGUGAAGGGAUGAGGCGCCACCCUCCCCAGCCACUGCUAUCUCUAUUUAAGAACCAAAACUAAUAAUAAAGCUGAUUUGAAGCGUU